AUGUCCAAGCUGCCCCCCUCGCUCAAGGCGCUCAUCAACGCGCCGUUUGCGCGCCCGGGCCCUACCCCCGCGCCGCCCGGCAUCCGCGACGUGUACGAGCGCAUCGCGCGGGACGCCGCAGCGCGCGAGCUGGGAACCCGGCCAUGGCUCGCCAUCUCGACGGCCGCCACGCUGACGCGCAACGCGCCCGACGCCCUGCCGGUGCUGCACGCCGUCGCCGCCUCGGCCUGCGGCGCGGGCGGCCACGAGGCGCCGCUGGCCCAGCUGGCCCAGCUGGCGGAGCUGAUGCGCGAAGUCGGCCUCAAGUGCGUCUCGUUCAACGGCAUCCCCCGCACAAUCAACUGCCUGGUCGCGUUCCGCGCCGCCCUGCCCGACGGGGUGGUCGCGCGCCUGGCCUCGGCGCCGUCGCGCACGCCCACGCCGCGCGGGCUGGACGGCGUGGCGAGCCGCGGCCGGCGGCUGUGGGACUCCAUCUACGCGCCCUUUGGGCGGAAGCUCGUCGACAAGCUGGCGCGGGCGCACCCGGACCUGCCGGUGCAUAUACUGGGCAGCCAUUACGGGCCGCUGCUGUCGGAUCCGGGGCCGGGUCCGAGUGCGGGUGCGGAUCCGGCGGGGGGCGGGUCGCUGGCGCGCACGGGCAGGGUGCUGACGUCCCUGGUGGCGAUUGCUUGCCUGAGGGCGCAGACGGGCGUCGGGCCGCAGGUCCUGUCGCAUGUUUUCGGGCUGCGCAAGGCGUUUGAGGACGGCGCGUGCGAGGACGACGGCGACGGCGACGGCGACGGCGACGGCGUGCGCUGGUUGGCGAGCGACGAGGGGCUGGAAUGGGUCUUGAGGACCGUGGAUGGCAUCGUUGACGGACUGGAUGGGUAUGGGUAUGCUGGGGCGAAGCUGUGA